AUGCUCAUGCUGGUUUUACGUCUGCUCGUCGUCCUGCUGGCCGGCUUCACCCUCUUCAGCGACGAGCAGGAAAGAUUUAUCUGCAACACCAUCCAGCCGGGCUGCUCCAACGUGUGCUUCAACACGUUCGCUCCCGUAUCUGUCUUCCGUCUCUGGCUCUUCCAGCUCAUCCUCCUCUGUCUUCCUCAUGUGCUGUUUGCAACCUACGUCAUGCAUAAAGUCGUAUCCGUUUCGUCUCUGGGUUUCGGGGGCUUCUACUUGGACAGGAGCCGAGGAGGAUCCCCUUUUGGGAACUCGAGCUCCUCUAGAGAACUGUCCCUGCAUAAAGCUCCACUUCAUGAACUCCCACGUGAAUGGGGAGCGCCGCGGUUUUACUGCACGUACCUCCUCGUUGUAGUUCUUCGGAUCCUUCUCGAAGUGGUUUUUGGAGCAGGGCAGUUUUUUCUCUUUGGUUUGUUCGUUCCAAAGAGCUUCCUCUGUUAUGAAGCUCCCUGCACGUCUGGGGUUGAAUGCUACAUCUCCAAACCAACUGAGAAGACCCUGAUGCUGAACUUCAUGCUCGGUGUUGCCUCGUUGUCAGUCCUGCUGAGCUUAUUCGACCUGGUGAGCUCCAUGAAGGCGAUGGUGAGAUGGAGACAGAAAAGGGAGAUGCUUUUAGAGGAGAUGAGUAAAGGAGAGCAGAGCAGUGUGUUUACAACGACGAGCACGACUGAAGACAGCGAGGUUCUUUUAACACGGAGAGUCAGCCUUAGUGGAAGUGCAAAGAAUGGAGGGAAAGACGAGAAACACGCUGCUGUGCUGAAUGACGAACCUCCUCACACGAAAGCAAACGGAGAAGCAUUUUGUAAAAGUGACGAUUCUAACAGUGACAAGAGGCCAGACAGCAAAGAAGCUAAAGCGGACAUGUCUCUGUCCCCAACUCCCAUGAGCACUCCAAUACCAACUCACUUCGUCCACCACAGCCACCUGAGACCUCCAAUGUCCCCUCGCCCUGACAGGAUACCACCACUGAACCCCAGAGUGACAACACCUAUGGGUGUCAAAAAGCUGGGACAGCACACUUCAGUUGCUGCAAACUCUGGACAACAGUCUGAUAGCAGCGACUCUCAGGACAAGAGGGCGUGGGUGUAA